AAAUACCUUGGAACAUCAUUGCUGCACUCUGGACAAGGCUGUCUCACUGUUCCCUUUCAUCAGAGGUGAACUAGACAACAUUAAAGAUGUAAUUUCCACUAACUUGGAGAACUGGGCUGCCAUGAAAGAGGAAAUUUCUCUGCAGAUAAAAACUGUGAGCAAAGAAGCUCUGGCAGAAAUACCCAAACUGAAUCAAAGGUUAGCAAAAUCCCAGCGGGAGAAUGAAUGUCUCCAGGAGAAGGUCAAACAUCUGACACUGGUGGCUGACACAGUUGAGCUGAAAACUCAACAGCUUCAAACUUCCCUUCAACAAGGCAAUGAGCUACAGAGCAGAUGCCAUGAACUACAAAAGGAAACAUUAGAUUUAACAAAUCGAGUGGAGACCACUGGGCUGCAGCUGCAGAAGGUGACAGCAGAGAUGGACCACUACAAGAAGCUGUUAAUGGUGAAAUCAACAGAGCUUGAUGUCUGUCAAAAUGAACUGAAGAAGAUGAAAUAUGAAAAUGGAAUUUCUGAGUCAAGGCUCACAAAAGAGCUCAAGGAGAAGGAAGAAUCCCUUCUGAUUUGCCAACAAGUCUGCAAACAUUUACAGGAGGAAGUGGCUGAGAAGGAAAGGAAGGAAGAGGAUCUGAAGAGAAGAACUGGGAGGGCAGAGAGUGAGCUGGAGACACUCAAAGCUCUCCUGAGCCAGACAGAGGAAGAGGUGGUGAUGCUGAAACAGGAGAGGGAUUUAAUGGUGGUUUCUCAUCAGAACAGAACGGAGCAGCUGCAGGAGGCCUUGAGGCAGAAAAUGAGGAGUGAAGAUAACUGGAGGGAGAAGCUGGAAAUGGAUGUGGCCAAGGGUGAGGCACGGCACAAAGAGGCCAUGCUCAAAGUCAAGGAGGAGGCCAGAGUGGAGCUGGACAUGGAGAGACAAAAGCAGCAGGAACUGAUCACAAAAUACCAGAGAGAUCACGAGGAGCUCCAGAAGAAGAUUCCAGGUUUGAUCUCCAGUGCCACCAAGAGCUUAAGGAUGGAGACAGAAAUCCUUGAGAAGAAGCUCCAAGAUGCUCAGAUGAAACUUGCAGAGAAAGAUGGAGCUAAGGAGAAAGAAAUUCAGAGCCUGAAAAGACUAAUUAGCGAACUUGAGUUCCAGCUGACAAUGGAAAAGAACAAUAAUGAAUCAUUUCUGGAUAAUCUGAGGAAAGAAAUCAAACACAAGUCAGAUGAGCUGGAAAAAUUAAGCCGGGAGAGGACACAGCUGAUUCACAGCCUGAGCCAAGUUCAGGAGGAGAACGCUCUGCUGCAGGAGACAAUGCGCAGGGAGUGCGAGGAGCGCUACGAGCUGACGGCGGCUCUGACCCGAGCGCGGGAGCAGGUGCUGGAGCUGAAGAGACUCACGGGGACCUUCCCCUUGGUGCCACGGGCUCGGGGCAGCCUCAGCUCCUCCUUCACCCGGCACAGUCGCCCCAGCCCCGGGGAAAUGCAGCUCUCGGCUAUUCCCAGAGCCACCCAGACACUCACCCGCUGCAAGCACAGCGGCAGCAGCGCAGGAUCCGCGGCUGGGAACCCCCCAAACCCCCCGAGGGGAAGGGCAGCGUCGCUCAACGAGCCCAGGAGCAACAUCACUGCUGUGAUCAGCCACCGCCUGAGCCAGCUCUGA